UUUCCAAAGAAAUGAAACCGAAUCCAAGCAGCUCUAUCGUCCCAGCCAAACAGCAAAUAGGAUUAGGGAGUAUUUUCAGACCAUAAAUGGAGAUUGCUGGCAUAUGAUAUGCACCAAAGAGAUUUACUGUUUUAAUCUGUGGUUGAUAGGAAAUGCUGCAGCUAAUCCUAGGAAAGAAAGAGAAGAGCAGUCGUCUGGGAAUCUAUACAUUUCAGAGAUGGGAGCUGUGUUUUAGGCUGUUACAGAGACUUGAAACAGCCAGAUUAGCUUUGAAAAUUCAGCAGCCAUGGGCUGUUUAAAUGCAAAAUCUGGCAAAAACACUUGUUUCUAUGGCAGUGUAUCAGGAUUGUAUUUCCUUUUAUCAGUGGAGGGCUGCAGCAGGACGGGGUUGGAAAUAAUUCCUCUACCAGAAUACUCAUAUUUCAGAAAUCUGAUUGGUUUUGUUUGGUUUCCAUCAUCAGAGCUUCCAAUUCUCAGUUGUGUGCAAGUUUGGACAUGUUUUUGUUUUACCACCCACAGUUCUAUAUGUCGUGGAAACAAGAGUGACCCUGCUGUCAUGAGAAGCCUGCUCAUGAGACCACGAAGUUUUCAUGGUGUUGUGCUACUACCAGGGGCAGACAUGAGGCCUUUCUUUGUGGUGUCUCUCCUCUUUGGCCUGACUUUUGGACAAACAGCCUCACUUUGUGCUCCUUCUGAGUACACAAUCCACGUGGAAAAACGGGAAUGUGCCUAUUGCCUGGCCAUCAACACCACCAUCUGCGCCGGAUUCUGCCUGACUCGGGACAGCAAUGGCAAGAAGCUGCUGCUCAAGAGUGCUCUGUCCCAGAACGUGUGCACGUACAAAGAGAUGUUGUACCAGACAGCGCUGAUCCCGGGCUGCCCUCACCACACCGUCCCCUACUACUCCUACCCCGUGGCUCUGAGCUGCAAGUGUGGGAAGUGCAACACUGACUACAGUGACUGUGUCAGGGAGAGGGGCAGGACCAACUACUGCACUAAGCCACAGAAGCUCUGUACCAUGUAAAGCUUCCAGAGGAGUGUGGGUGAGAUGUGCUGCUCUGCUCACCACCAAACAGAAAUAAAAGCGUGUUUCAUGUUAGGUUUGCAAA